AUGGCCCUCUUAAUCCCCUCGUCGGGAAUUUCAUCAUUUUCCACCCAACGGCAUGAAAUUCCGGCCAGAAUCGCUCCAAGAAACAGAAAUGUUAGUGUUAGAGUUUCAUCAAGUGUUCGAGACUUGGAAGAUGAUGCAACCGAGGUUUUGAAAUUGGGGACUAAUUAUUACGAGGAUGUUGGGUGGUUGUACGGCCAGUUUUCGGCUCCAGCGAAGCCUACUGGUACAGCGGCAUCAUUUACUGCAAAAAAGGUUGUAGAUGAGGAAGAAAAGAAGCGGAAUUAUUAUGUGAAUACGGGUUAUGCUAUUCGGACCCUCCGAGAAGAGUUCCCGGCGCUUUUCUAUAGAGAGCUCAGUUUUGAUAUAUACAGGCUUAAUUACGAGCUAUGA